AAAUAAAUUAUUUUGGUCAUUUUCUUUUUAAAGUCUAUUUUUGUGACAAAAACUUGAAAAUUGUCUAUUUAUGAGAAUUGUUCAACGAAAUAAAAAAUAUAUGUUUUUUUUCUUUUUCUUUUUGCAGGAAGAAUAUAUAUGUUUGGAUCAUAACGAUUAACAAUAUCUAACUCAGACUUUUAUUUAUUACAUUCUAUAACUGUAAGUCAGAGUGUUUUGACUUUCACAAAAAGGGUUGACAUGUUACAAUAUAGUCAGCAUACAAAUUUGUUAAAAAAAAAAAAGUCAGCAUACAAAAUAAGUAGAAAUAGAAUAAAGCCUUUAAGUUAUUGACUUUUGAUUUGACUGAAACUUUGGUUUCAUCAACACAUCAGAAAGAAUAUAGAAGCCAUCUAGUAUAAGUACGAGUGAAAUACAUCAUUUUCUUAAUCAAUACAAAACAAGGCUUAAACACUUAUUACAAAACUAAAAAAAAAAAGAGAUUAAUAAUGACCAGCGUGAAAGUUUUUUCUUUUGCUUUGCUUCUUGUCCUCCUAUUCUCCGUUGAUGUUGAAGGAUAUGUGUUGGAAAGUAAAUCAUUGUGUUGCACUACCCACCCAGAAUUUGGGAGGUGCAUCCCAAACCUUGACACAGGAAGAUGCAACAGCUGGUGUCUUAACGGAUGUGACAGUAAAAAAGGUGGUUUCUGCAAACGUGUUGGCAGAGGACAAUGCCAUUGUUAUUGUUAAGAAUCUCACAAAACCAUGUAAAACAUGCAUGAACAGAUGUUGAAGGAUAUGUGUUAGAAAGUAAAUCCUUGUGUUGCAUUACUUUUGUAUGAUUUGAACUUAUGAUAUUUGUACGAAAGGGAUAUAAAAAGAUCUUCAACUAUAAUAUGCUUUCAUCCCGUCAAUAAAAAUAUAUAUACAUAUAUAUGAUACAACGGAAGAUUGGAAAAAAAUACAACAAAAAAUACUGUAAUGCAAAAGGAUUUUAGUCACAAACUACAUUUUCUAUAUGUAUCUCUUAAUGCAUAGUUUGGUUAAUUUCACACCAAAAAUUGGAGUUUAAAUUUUAUAAAACUAUAAUUUAUUACCAACUAAGAAGAUUAAUGAAAAAACUCACAUAAGAUCUACAAGUAAACUAUCUCACAUAAGUAUAAAUUUUGAUUCAAUUUGAUGUAAAUAUAACUGUAAAAUAUGAAUUAUAGUAAUAUAUGUAAAAAUGCGUUGUAAAUUAAUAAUACGAUAAUUAUAAUAAUUGGUGAUAGAAAUUAAAUGAAUGAUAACUGUAAAGAUAAAAGGAAAAUUACCACAAAUAUCACAUUCAUAAUACCAAUUUUCAUGUUUACAUUAACCAAUUUUACCUUCACUUUUAAUGAAGGGUAAAAUACAAUUAUACCCUUAGAGUUAACUAAUCUAGACUUAGGGUUUAGAACUGAGGGGUAGGGUAUGGUUUUUGGAAUGUGAAAUUUAUGAUUCUAAUAAAUAUAUAAAUAC